AUGCUGUUCGCGGGGUCGUCGCUUGUAGCCGCUACUACUCGCGCGCUGGGUGCCAACCACGACCCCAGUGACCCCAACUCCGUCGGCACAAGCGACGAGAAGGGAAUCGAUGACUCCAGCAUUGCCGACGAGUACUUCUUAAAUGCCUAUGAUGACGAUUGGCUUGGCCCGAUGGCCGGCGAUCUGCCUGACCAAGCGUGA